AUGUCAACAUCAGAGAACACAACAACUGCUAUCGUUCAUGAAGAUAUAAAUGAAGAAUAUGAGUGGGUUCAGUUUAACAAACAGUUACGUCUCAUUCGUUCGGUCAAAGACGAUAUGUACCAAAUGCAAAGUAUUUUGACAGCAUGUUUUGCUCCAGAUACCAAACAUACAGACGAUUGGUUCAAAAACCAACAGACAAAAGAACUUUUGAGCGAAGCACAGCGACCCCGACUUUUUCCGGGGUCGCCAAAACUCUAUGAAAAUCGUAAAAAUUUGCCAAAUGGUUUGAGAGGUUGGUAUGUACAUAGACUUCUUGUAAAUGCUGUUGCAAUGUGGGCUUCACCUCGUUAUGCUUGGUAUAUUUUCAUGAUGUUAGAUGAAAUUCAUAGACAAGAACGUGAAGAGCUAGAGAACAAGCUUGAAUCCAAAGACAAAAGCCUUCAGAAAAGAAUACCACGUUCGGUACCAAAAGGAAAGGAAAAGAACUAUAAGUAUAUGAUUUAUACUGAAGAGAUGGAGAAAGAAGAAGACAGAGAUAUGGUUAUGUUGCAUUUAGUCAGAAGAAACAACAAAAGCUUUUACGACCUUGCUAAGAUUUACAAAUCUGACAGAAAUUGGUUCUAUCGCGAAAACUUACCGAUUUCAAUGACACCGAAUGAAGAUGUGAAACAAAUAGUUCAAGAUACGUUACCUCAAACACACUAUGAUAUUAAAGGUUGUACAAUACUUACCUUCAAAGAAGAUUUGCCGCUACUGAAAGAAAAAAUAACAGAGUAUUUUGACAACUUCAAACAAGUAGAGUAG